AUGAGCCAUCCUUCACUAAUCGAAAAACAUGAGAGUACAAAUGAAGACUUUUAUAUUCCUGGCAAAAAAGACAACUUAAACCAUUCUAGUUUUUAUUCGCACAAUAUCUACGAACAUGUGUUUAAUGGCAAUGUAGGUGCACCGGUUCAUGAAAAGUUAGAAAAUGAAGCAAAAGUUCUGGAAUUUGGUUGCGAGAGUGGAAUUUGGUCUACAGAGGUUGCUGCUGAAUAUCCAAAUUCAGAAUUUUAUGCAAUUGAUUCUGAAAAUACCCUACCAAAUUCUAUCGAUAAUAUCACAUUUAUUCAUUGUGAUACUCUUAAAGAGAUGUCAUUCCCAGAUAAUGAAUUUGAUUAUAUUUUUGCUAGAGAUAAAUUUGUAACAAUGGAAAAAGAAGCAUUUCAAAAAGUUUUAUCAGAGAUCUUUAGAGUAUUAAAGCCGGGAGAUAACCGUAUUCAAGAACCAGCAUUUGCACGAUUUGUUAACGCAUGGGAAUCGUGGCUUAAAACACAUAACAUUGAUUAUGAUAUCAUGGCAAAUCUUGAAAAUUACCUCCAAGAAACUGGAAAAGCCGAAUCUAUAUCACAUAAAAUAGUAAAAACUAGAAUAGGAGGUGAUGCUUUUAAAGAGUUUAUGCUUGAACACAUUUUUUUUAGAAAUACGAAAGAUUAUAUGGCUCCUUUUAUGGAUAUUUCGUUUGAAGAAUUUGAUAACUUGAUGAAUGAUAUUGAAAAUGAACUAAAUACUACUAAAGAUAGCAAGAAAGAAGAAUGUAUAUUCUGA